AUGAAACCCAUCGAUUUAAUUGCAACUUUCGCAGCUGCGGCAUUUGCCUCCACCGGCAUACUACUUCCCCUUUACGAGUACCCCUACGGUGAUGCUGCAAUCGCUGACUGGGAUGCAGUGGUAGCGGCGGCUGUUGCGUAUCCUAAACUGGAUUUUCACGUCAUCGUAAACAUCAACUCUGGGCCUUCAUACGAUCCCAACCCCCCAGCAGGGAUCAAAGACUUCGCCCCAUACCUCGGCUCUCUCAAUGCUCAUGGCAACGUCAAGCUCAUCGGUUACAUCGCCACCAAGUACGGGUCCAAAAGCACAAGCGAGGUGCAAGCCGCCGUGGACCAAUACAGUGCCUGGACCACUGCCGAAGCCUGGACCGGCACCUCGUACGACAUCCACCUGGAUGGUAUCUUCUUCGACGAGAUCGACACUACCACCGGCCAGCUCGAGCAUAACACGCAGAUCAGCCGGUACGCCAAGAGCAAGUUCGCAGACAAGGGCGGGCCAAUCGUGCUCAAUCCGGGGACGUUCGUCCGGAACGGCAGCGAAUCGCUCUUCGACGUCGCCGACGCCGUCCUCGAGAUCGAGGCCUGCUACACGCGGUCCGCCGGCCGGCCGGACUGGGACGGCUACGCCUGCGACCCUUCGAAGAGCGGCUAUUUCCCGUUCACGCCCGGGACCCUCGAGAAGCUGGGGACAAACGCGACCAGAGUCGCCCGGUCUUCUGUCGUCGUGCAUGACUUCUACAACAGCUGGAGCCCGUACACGCCCGUCUCCGAGCAAAUGCUGCAGACUUAUGUGGACGCCGUCGUAGCGAAGGGUGUGCAUAGCUUCUACCUCGCUCAGCUGGGCUACCUUGGAAACUUCACUGCUGAGCCGGCUAGUAUUACGACUGUUGCGAGGCUGGCGGCCGCAGCACAGGGGUUUGCGUAG